AUGUCUAAAUCUGUAUCAGUUGACAAUUUCCCAAAGCCGACCUCUAUUACGGGUGGCUGCCUCUGUGGUUCCCUAAGAUACCGUGUCGACUUCCCGAAGGACCACGAUUUCUUAAAAGGAAGUGGAAGUUGUCAAUGUACGCAAUGCCGACGGAACACGGGCGCUGUGAUCUUCAUCGCACAUACCGCCCCGCUCAGCGGUUUUACGUUCCUAACGUCCACGGAGACGUUGAAGAAAUUCUACGCGACGCCGGGUUUUCAGCGCGCGUUUUGCACAAACUGCGGAAGCUUUCUAUACUGGCGGGAUGAGUCGCUUGAAGACGUUGAGCUUGCGGUAGGGUGCGUGGAUCCCGAGUAUCUAUCCAAAUUUGGAUUCGCGCUUGCGAAUGCUUCAGGGCAUAACGUGUGGUGUGAAAACGAGAUCAAGGGUGUUACCGACCAUAUUCUCAUUAAGGAGAGAGGUAUUAAAUGGUCUAGAAAUAGUGGGAGUGCUAAGUUUCUCGGAAAGCUUCACGAAAUGUUGUAA